AUGAUGGUUGAAGCCGUGCCAGCUUUACUUGAUGUUGUUCUGGUUAAUUCAACUUCUUCUUCUGAAUCUGAUGGAGACAGUGAAUCAGAUUCUCCAACGGGUAAGAGGAUUAGCCUUAGUCCGAAGCAUGAAAGGGACUUGCAUAACGAUCCAAUGACAGUGGUUGAUAGCAUAAUUGCUGAUGAUGGUGAGAAUGAGGUAGAUGAGAGUGAGUUUGCUUGGGAGAAAGAAACAAAUGAUCCUAAGGUUGAUGAUAUGGUGGAUCUUAUUAAUAAGGAACACGAAUUUUGCAACUCAAUGUUCUCUGGAGGGGCAACAAGGGCUGAUGUACUUCGUAUGAUUAAAGAGGCAAAGGAAAAAAAUAACAAUGUGAAAGGCAAAAAAGUGAGGGGAAGGAAGAAAUCUAGUGGAAGAAAUGUGUUGAGGGCACAAUCCAGUCGUCCUGUUGAUUUGGCCUCUUUUGUGGAGGGUGAUUGUGGUGCAGUUGUUGAUAUUGUUGAUGAGAAAAUUAGGGCGGACAUCAACAGAUUGGAAAUGAAGGUUGAUGACUCUAGUAGUCAAUUGCAAGACCUUAAAUCAGCUUUUACUAUUUUGGAAGCAGACAUAACUGCUGAAAUUGCUCAGGGAAUGGAGAAGAUGAAAUCUGAAGUUAUUAAUGGGAUCAAUGCUUUUUUGGACAAGUCGGUAGGGAUCACUGGAGGCACUACUAAUGUUCGUGUAGAAAGGAGCAAUAGCAAUAUUGUAAAGAGGAAAAACGUUGAACCUGUUGUGUUGGAUGGGAAUCAUCCGCAGACCAAGGGUGAUCGAACUGUUGAAAAAGAGACAUCGUCUAGGACACUUCUUUACCCCACCCUCAUUUUCCCUUGGACUAUCGCAGGAAGGGUUGUGCAGACUUGUUGCUGCGAUCAGUCGGCUUCGGAAAGACUUUCCGAUCGAACCAAAACGACUUAG